AUAUUUAGAAGUGAGUAGUUUCUCGAGAUUUACGAUUAUACUGUAUUUAGGGAGGGGGGUCUACCUAACAAGGCCCCAGAAACCCGUAAAUGAGCAGAAAGGUUCUUGCACAAUAAAAGUUUCUGUAUUUUGCUUGGGUAAUAGUGCCACCUCAGAUAAUACCCUUUUGCAUAGCUGUAGUCAUAGAAUGAGUUCAGCGAUUAUGUGAUGAUAAUGGAAACCAGUGAUGUGAAGGGUCCAUGGGCAGCACCAGUGGUACUGUUAAGGAAGGAUGAAAGUUUAAUACUAAGCAUAUCAGUGGAAUGCAGCUACACUUCAUGGUGUCAACACUGCACCCUUUCAAGGAUCAACUACAUUUUGGUGCUAAAAAAUGGUUCUCACUCUUGACCUGGCCAGUGGGUAAUGGAAGUGAAAAAUCAAUUGAUUAUUCCUGGCAUCUUAUUACAGGUAGUUUAUGUCCAAUCAUGUGCAUUUGCAUGACCAUUCCAUCAUCCAAUGAUGGCUACUUUUAUCUGGCACAAGAAUACCAACAAGCCUUAAAGCUCAUACAGACUGAUGUCAACAGCUUAUUGGUAGUUUAAACAAUACACUUUUUGAGUUGCCCGAUAUGCAUAAUAAUAGUACAAAUCAGAGCAUCUGUACCACAGACAACAAAUUAAAUCAGGAAGUCAAUGACCACUGUACCACAGUGUGACAGAAAAAGAAUUAAUCUUAGUUAUAAAUCUCCAACCCGACCAGUGAGGGUGCUGUGCAACAAUAACAGUGUGCUGCGGCCUGAAUAUUUUGGCAGUUCAUUCCAGGGUCAGUUGGAAGUCGAACAUCCAGGAAGGGGGCGGAGCCACAGUACACCAAGUUAUCGCCCCAGACGGGAGGCGAUGUGGCAAUCGCAGAUUGGAGGAAAAGCGAUUGCACUCACUAACCAAGGGGGCGUGGCUGAAGGUACAAAAGGGGAUGUGGCCAAGCGAACUGCUCCUUUGUUAUGGUUACGAGAGAACCGCUGAAGUACUGUGAUAAAACAAGACCGUGGAUGAGGCAAUUGAACCAAUGGAGUGUUUGUCCCACCUGAGUCGGCAGCUGAAACAGUUCCUGGUGUGUAAUUUAAUGGAUGAUUUCAAUGGAGAGAUAAGUUACAACAGUACAGUGCAAGUAUGCGGUGAAUUUGUUAAGUUUAAAGGCUGCAUGAACAUGACAAUGGAUAACCAUGACAAUAGAUACGUUCUAAACACAAACGAAUUUUUACCCGUCUCGACAUAUGAAGUUCGCACCUUCACAACCACCUCAAACCGAUACUUCUCUCAAGCAAUAAACUUGAGACACAUUAUUAAACCAAUGGCACCUUACAAUGUGAAUGCUUCUUACUCAGAAAAACAACAUGCGUCCUACAUAACAUUUGCCUCGCCAUAUUCUGUAUUAACGUCAAAUGAUUACUUGACAGAAAAACUUGUCCAUUCUGUUGCUUUCAGAAUUCAGAACAGUGGACAAUGGGAGUAUCAAAACAUAACAUACCAGCCCCUAAAGAUUGAAGGGAAGUAUCUAAAGCCUGACUUAAUUUAUGAAGUUAAGUGUCGUUCUAUCCCUAAUGGGGAAUAUUUUAAAGGCUAUUGGAGUGACUGGAGCAAUGUGGCAACUUUUAAAACUCCUGCAGUACAUACAAAUCCUGAUAAAUCUGUAUUACUUUAUACACUCAGUCCUGCCAUCUUAAUUCUGCUGCUCAUCAUCUUUGCAAUUGCUUUUGUGCGCUGGAAGGAAAAUAUCGUAUCAUGUAUUUGGCCAAGUAUUCCAAAUCCCAAAAAUACUUUGGAGCAAAUGUAUAAGAAGCAAGGUCAGGGUCAUAAUGCAAGCUUCAACCCGGAGACAUUCGGAGACCACAACAUUCACAUGGUUAAUGGAAUGGAAGAAAAGGUUAUCACUGAAUGCCUGCUUUUCCCUCCUCCUACUGACCCUCCGGACACACAAGAGAGGAGUCAGCCGAGUUUGCAUCUGAAAAACGAAUUGCCAAAUGUUGUGGUGUCCCAGGCCCAGGACCAAUGGCUCCUGAGUGAAAGAUGCAAUGAAGAUGGUGCCGACCCUCAGGCUACCUCAGAUAUAGAAGGCUGCUCUCCCGGGAUUACAACCUCAGGAAGUAAUCCCUCAAACAACGAGCCUGUGAGUGACAGUGUGUGCGCCUCAAGCCCUCAGGUGGGUUUUCAAGUGGGUCAGGCAACUGGACGAGAUGAGGCAUAUGUCACAAUGUCCAAUUUUUAUAAAACGCAAUGAAUUGUACCCACACGUAACAUUUACUAAUUCAUCCACAUGUAGGCAUCUCCCAAGAAUCGAAUCAAGUAGUCAAAGGGCCAACUCUUUUUCGUUUCAUUUUAAUAUUAUGGGCUAUUUUUUUUUUAUUAAUCUAUCUAUCUAGAAAUCUACCUAUCAAUAGUAAUUCAAUUAAAUUCAGUUUCUUUAUGGUGUAAAUUAGCACAGUACAUCAAGUAGCAAUGUAAAAUUGACCAUGGUUGUUGGCUAUGGCUUACACUAACUGCAACAGCAUGUUUUUAAUAUUGUAAAUCAAGGCAUUAUAUAUUCAUAAUCCAUUGCUGGUCAGUCAAAGGAUUAAGAGAUGUGUAUUUAACUUUUUGCAAUUUUAGCUAAUUAUAUAUAGUAAAUGUAAUUUUUUUUUUUUGUUUUUUUUUACUGUUUGUCUAAAUGUGUAUUAAUAGUACAAUGAUUAGUAAUAGCAAGUGGAAUAUUAUUUUCACAUUACUCAUUCAAAGUGCAUUGGCUGCUAGUGGUCUUACACAGUUAAAAUCCUUCUGCUUUUUUAUUUUGCACAAAAAAGUUUCAAGAAUUAAGAACAAGAUUCUCACACAAUCCUGUAGUAUACUUCAGAAUUUCCAUGGAUUUAGUAAACUAGCAUAAUAAUCUCCAGAGUUGUGUUUUCUUUCUCUGCUGUCUUCAUCUAACAGGUUGUCAAAGCCUUUAUAGAAUAAUCACUCUCUUUUUGUUUAUCUUACAUUUUUAAACAAUUUUAAUACAUUUACUGUAAAAUGAACCUGCACACUUGAUUAAAAAGCAAUAGGACUGCUCUUCCAUUGUCUCCAACAUUAGAUGCAUCCAGCUUAUCUUUAUUGACUUCACUUAAAAAAAUGCAUGUUACAUUAACACUAUAGAAGGUGUUAGUAAUUCAAGUGUAACUGCGUAUGAACAAACACACAAUUUCUAACUCGUAUUCAAUCAGAUUUAGACUGCAUCUCUGAUAUAAGACUUCAUGCCUUCAUUCAUUUUCAAAGACAAAAAGGUGUUCCCUAUAUUAUGUAAAUGUUUUAAAUAUUUCACUAUUUACCUGUUUAAUAUUCUAUUAAUAUCAUAAGGCACCCCUGUGAAUGAAGCUGGUAUGAAUUCUGAAAUUUACCCCUGCCUCUACACCUGCUAAUAUUUUACAAACCAUUUAAGCUGACGUCUCCAAUCUAAAUUAAUCUAACGCAGAUCUAUACAAUAGUCAUGGCUGUUUUCUGUGUUAUUUGAAUUAAAAUUAAAUAUAUUA